CCAGCGACUCAUGGCGCCAUCUCCUGACUCUCUUGCGACACAGCGAGCAUUCGACGACAGAGAGCGCAUCCCUGCCUGAGUGACCUGCUCUUUGUUGCUGAUGCAAAGCUCCAGCUCAGCUUCCCUGCUACUUGCACUAGCUGAAGUGUGCUUUCGAUCUUGAUUUACUCGACGUAGACUCCUUGGUCUGGGAUUACCGUAUCGAUCGUCGUGAUGGCCAACAAGAGCUUGCGUCCGGCCUCGCACGAUCUGGUGUCUUCAUCUGGAAUAGCUACUUCAGCUACGAACGAGUUCAGCCCGCUACUACAGUCAAAUGCGCCCUCGUGCGAUGAGUCUAUACACAGAGUUCGAUACAAACCCUUGAGCUGGAUCGUCAGCAUCUGGCACGACUAUCUAUCGGUCGAGCUACAGAAUACCCAAAGUGUUGCUAGAGAUCAUCUUGCAAACGAGCGAACUUUUCUCGCAUGGCUAAGAACAAGCCUAUCUUUCGCUUCUGCAGGCGUUGCUGUCACUCAAUUUCUGAGAUUAGAUACUUCCAAGAAUGCCUCAGAAGAUGCACAAAAGCAGCUCCAGCAGCUACGCCGCAUUGGCAAACCAGCGGGAGCGUCGUUGAUUGCCAUUGCGAUGCUUGUCAUUCUUGGGGGUGCGAGUCGAUACUUUACCGUGCAACAAGCGUUGAGACGAGAUCGAUUCCCCGUCAGCAGACUUUUGGUAGCGUCGCUUGCGGGGUCGGCAAUACUCUUCUUGGUCCUGUCUUUUGUGGCCAUGCUUAUUCUCAAUCCGAGUGUUGGCAAGCAUGCACAGUGAUGAUAGGGCCUGAAUUCUGUCGACACGAGAUUCCCGAAUUUUGUGUUCGGAUAUAGUCGCGAGGGACAGCUGCUUGUGAUGAUGGUGAACAAUGAGGAGUUCGAUCAUGUCAAACGCUUUGAGCUCAG